UCCAUGACUCUUAACCAUAACACCACUCAUCUUCUGCAUUUACAUGGUCCAGUAGUAGACCAAGAGGCACUGGUGGAAGCUCUUCAGACUGGCGUUAUCAAGGCUGCAGCUUUGGAUGUCACUUACCCUGAACCACUACCCAGGGCAUGGAAAAGCAAGAGCUGCCUUAUGUGUUGAUAAACACUAUAGGAGGGACAUACGGAGCAUAUGAGGAUCAUGUCGAGUUUCUGAAGAAACAUUUUAACCUUAUCACCAUGAAGGAAUUUCUUGAAAACAAAAACCGUUUUAGUGAAAAGAUCAAAGCUAUUUAUAUGUGGUGGAGCAAACCAGCUGCUAACCAGGAGCUUCUCCAUAGUCUGCCUAACUUAAAGGUGAUUGCAACCUCUGGGGCAGGAGUGGAUCAUUUGGACUUGAAACUGAUCUCCUCCAGCUUUGGAGUGAAAGUUGCCAACACUCCCUUUGCUGUUUGCAAUGCCACUGCAGAUCUGGGGAUGGCUUUAAUGUUGGCAUCUGCCAGGAGACUAGCGGAAGGUUGUCAGAUUGCAGUUUCCCCAAACACUGAGCAUUUUGCUGCUGACUGGCUGGGAGAUGAAGUCACCGGGGCUAUUCUUGGUAUCAUUGGAAUGGGCAGUAUUGGGUAUAUGGUGGCCAAGAGAGCCAAAGCUUUUGAAAUGAAAAUUCUUUAUCACAACAGGAUCCAGAGAAAAGAGGAAGAGGAACGGGCUGUUGGUGCCAUUUAUUGUAAAAAGAUAGAAGACUUGCUCCAGCAGUCAGAUUUUGUGAUGCAGGUUGUGAAGCUGACACCUCAGACAGACAAACUGUUUGGGAAGAAGGAGUUAGAACUGAUGAAACCCACUGCUACUCUCAUUAAAAUCAGCAGAGGUUCAGUGGUUGAUCAAGAUGCAUUGGUGGAAGCACUUCAAAAUGGGGUUAUUAAGGCUACUGCUUUAGAUGUGACAUACCCUGAACCUCUGCCAAGAAAGAAGUUUUGGUAUGACAGUCCUACAGUGGGGUCUCAUCUGGUGUACAAACCAUCUAAGUUGGCCACUAUACUAAAGGCUACUCAGCAGAAAACUAGGAAAGAAGACAGCAUACGCAAAAAGGUCCUAAACGUCCUCUUGUAUAAAGCUGUGACAGACUUGAUGAGCACCUGUGAAGUCAGUCAAGAGGUUUGUGACCUUAAGCUGGAACUCACCAAGGUAUCCCUGUCACCAGACUUUUCAGCAUGUCGUGUGUACUGGAACCCUGCUGAAAGUGCAGAGGAUGAUCGUAUUGAAAGUAUUUUACAGAAAAGUGCCCCACGUAUAAGACAUCUUUUGAUUACCCAUCAGGUCCUGAGAACUGUUCCUCCAAUUGUGUUUGUUAAAGACAAAGAAGCUGCAGCUUUAAAAGAGAUUGAUAGGUUAUUGGCAAUUGCUGAUUUUGGACUUCAGGAAGAAAAAUACACAUUGGCUGAAAACGACUUUAGUGAAUCAUCUUCUGAGAUGGCAGCUUCGUCCAUCCCAGCUAAUCUUUUUGGGAUCGAUCAUGAAGUGCUCAAUAAGCAAAUAAUGGAGUACAAAAAAAUGAAAAAGGUGAAGGACACAGAAGGCAUUGGGUGGGCAGAACAGCAGCAGGUGCAGCUGGCUGAGAUACAAAAGCAAAAGCAAAUGAAAAAGAAGAAAAUAAGGGAUCCCUUUGAGAAUGAUAUCACACCACAGAAAUAUCUGCUGGACAAAUAUAGUGAAGAUUCUUUGGAUGGUGACAUUACACCUUCUCAAGAUAGCGAACUGGAGUAUGAAUUACAGGAAGUGGUAGAUGAACUAGAGGUAGAUGAUGACAAAAAUCAAUCUACUACCAAACUUAAGUGAAACUAAAAAGCCUUUUUUUAAAAAAAUAAAAACUGUUGGUAAUUAAUUGUAUUAGAGUAACCACUGAAUUACAACUUCUGUGCUGCUUAUUCACCAUCUCCUUUCCAUCUUCUCCAAAAUAUGUGGAAAUUAAUCAAGUAGUACAAGUUUUUAUGGGAAAAUAACUUUUUAAAUCCUGCUUAUAAUAAAUCUGAGGAGAUGAGCCCUUCUGAACUCAGAUAAAUAAGAAAUAUUAUGGUUGUCAAAAGUAAAAUACUCUUAUCAGCUUUAUACUGAGAUGAAACUUCUUGUAAAUACAUUAUGUACCACCCAAAAAGCUUAUUACCUAUGCCUUGAUAUAAGUGCAAGGAACUGUCAAAAGAUGAAAAUAUUUCAAAAAACUUGAGUAUAUUACAAUAGAAACAUGCUAGACUACAUUUCAGUAUCCUGCAAAGUUUGUAUAUCACAAAAAUGUGCUUUCCUUACUUCUCAGUGAUUUAAUAGAGUGCUUUGUGCUGUGAUUUCAUAUUACUUAGGCUUAUUUUUACAAACCAUGUACAAAUAUUGAAGUAUUACAUCUAAAACUACUAAAAUAGACAAAUUACUGUAAUAGUAUGACUUCCAUGCAGUCAGGCAAGAUUCAGGUGCCAAGAGAGACCUUUUUUUGCUGUA